AUGUCAUUAGAUGAACGGGAUUCAUCAAAUGAAUAUAAAACAAAACCGUUACUAGAAAAAAAUGAUGUCGACGACUAUGGAAUUUUGGAUGGAAAACAUACACCACAAAACAUUGCAUUAUAUAGUUAUUUAUUUGGAGUUGUAACUGGCGGAUCUAUUGCAAUUGCAUAUUACUCUGAAACUAUUCCUCAACUUGGUGUCUUCUUUGCUACAUUAUCUAUUUUUCAUAUAUUAGAAUAUAUCAUAACAGCAAUGCCAUAUCAUAUCGCACAUACAGCAGGAGUUUUAGAGUAUUCCAUAGAAUUAUUUUUUUUCCCUAAUUUAAAAACAAUAAGGUUGUUUCAUUAUACAGGUUUUGCAUUAAUACUGAUCGGACAAACCGCAAGAACUUUAGCGAUGUGUCAUGCUAAAUCCAAUUUCACUCAUAGUAUUCAAUAUGUAAAAAGACAAGAACAUACACUUGUCACCACAAGGAUAUACCGGCAUAUGAGAUAUCCAGACGAUAUAUAUUUUGAACAUCCACAAAAUGUAUCUGUUAUGACUUAUCGAGGCCAUAGUGUACUAAGGACAUUGAUUCGUUGUCAUUUCUCACCUGCUAGCACUGGUCACAGGUAA